GAAGCGUUUCAGCCACAACUCAGGGCCCUAAAUGAUCCGCCGUCUCCGUGCGAGGUCGACCUGCACCCAUGAUUUCCACCUGAGCUAGAGGACGCCACCAGCUCCCCCCUCCCACCUCCCCUCACCCUGCUGGAUUAAACUUUGACAUUCACAUUUUGGAAACUCAUCUUCCAUGAUGCUUUGGCCAUUUGGACUUGUGCUGCUGUUUGUCGUCGCUCCACAAGCUGCCGGAAUUAAAGAGGGCGGCGUUGGGCUGGACUUGGGGGUGAACCCGGAGGCUGUUGGGCCUGUGCGCUUGGCGGAGCUGCUGAAGACGUCCACACACACCAAAGGUUCAGGAUUUGAACUUGGACGCCGUCGAUCCAAGAGGUCGGUGUUCCUGCACUCAGGAGUCAGAAUCUGCCCCCAAGAGACCAUCAAACAAGUCCUCGCCAGCCACCAGGCUUACUACCAGCUCCGAGUUUGUCAGGAGGCUGUGUGGGAGGCGUUCAGGAUCUUCUUUGACAGGAUCCCCGGGACGGCCGAGUACCAGAGAUGGGUUCACACGUGUCAACACGAGUCGCUCUGUAUCUCAGACAUCGCCAAAAACUUCAGCAGCGCUGAGGAGCACGUGAGCAUGAUUCACAAGGACUCGGAGCUUCCCAACGUUGUCCCUGAGAGCCCGGUGGAGCAGAUCGUUGAGUUCAGCAUCGACCUGGUGGAUCCGGGUUACAGAGAGCUGCUGGGUGACUCAGACUCCCCUCAGCCCGGAGGAAUCUCAGUGCACUACUCUCUGGUCUUUGAGAUUAAUUCCCCUCAAAUCAACUCUGAGAAUUCAGAGAUGGCAACUGGUGCACCCGAGUCUACGGACGACUCUGGACUCAGGGAAAUGGUGACCAAGGCGUUACGUGAGGAGGCCUCUCUGCCAAUUGAUCUGGACUCACUUAACUUUGAACCAGGUAAAUCCAGUGAGUCCAGUGAGCCUGAUUCACAUAACGAGUUUGAAGUUCUCACAGAUGAACCAGAAGUCGAUAAACCUCGGCUGGUGGUUCCCCUCACCCCACUGGAGAAGGAAAAUGCCCUGGUGACUCUGCUCGAUCCUACUGCUGUCCCAGAUGAAGAGAUAACGGCAGUAACGGUUGGGAUUAUAGUGAGCAGUGAUCAACCCCCAGCCACCGAGGACAUUACUGAUGAGUCGGAGGCAAUUUAUGACAGUGAGGCCGAGCCUUCAAACGAAGAAGAGGAGGAAGAAUUGCUGAUCAUUACACACGAGAUUGAAACCAUUCAUCAUGAUGAAACUGGUGAACUUGUGCGUGACUACAUACCGACCCCUCCUGUGAUUCUUGAGCUGGAGACAGAUGCUCCAUAUAUCAGUCUGUCUCCCAACCUGAUACCAGAAGAUGACCCGAUGCCUAUCGAUGAGGGCAGAGAAAAUCCUAGCUUGGAUGUUGUGCAGGUUACCCCCACCACUCAAAUUUUAUUCACUCCUGCUGGAGAGGAGCUAUCUGAUGCUGGACUCCCCAUCACAACACUAUCAGCCAUCACAGGCCAGCCACCCACAGAGCCAGCAGCCAACCCUCAAGAAGAUGAAGAAGUUAAUGCCCUUCCAGAUGAAGAGGACGUAGACUUGGGUGUCCCUGAACCCCGUGAUCCUGGUGAUGUUUUCAAAACUGAGGGUGUUUCAGAGUUUGAAGCUGAAGUUAAACUGCUUGAAGCAGAGGAUGAAUCAGUUAUCGAAACUGAUAAUGUGCUUGAGGCUUUGCAGCCAACACUUGACCAGAUUGAAGUUUUUGAACCAGAGGUAGAAGCGAUUCAAAUUUCAGAGCAAGAUGAAGAUGGAGCUGAAGUUUCAGAAUCAGACAAAGAAGUAGCUGCAGUUUCAGAGCCAGAAACAGAAGUAACUGAUGUUUCAGAGCCAGACGCAGGUGAAAUUUCAGAUUCAGACAAAGGAGUAGCUGCAGUUUCAGAGUCAGAAACAGAAGUAACUGAUGUUUCAGAGCCAGACGCAGGUGAAAUUUCAGAUUCAGACAAAGAAGUAGCUGCAGUUUCAGAGCCAGAAACAGAAGUAACUGAUGUUUCAGAGCCAGACGCAGGUGAAAUUUCAGAUUCAGACAAAGGAGUAGCUGCAGUUUCAGAGCCAGAAACAGAAGUAACUGAUGUUUCAGAACCAGACGCAGGUGAAAUUUCAGAUUCAGACAAAGAAGUAGCUGCAGUUUCAGAGUCAGAAACAGAAGUAACUGAUGUUUCAGAGCCAGACGCAGGUGAAAUUUCAGAUUCAGACAAAGAAGUAGCUGCAGUUUCAGAGUCAGAAACAGAAGUAACUGAAGUUUCUGAGCUGGAUAAAGAAGUAGGAGAAGUUUCCGAGCCGAAAACAGAAGCAGUUGAAGUUUCAGAACCGGACAUAGACGUAGCUGAAGUUUCAGAGCCAGACAAAGAAGUAGCUGAAGAUGUAGAGCCAGAGGAAGAUUCAGCUGUAGAAACGCAUGAAGAGAUUGCAGUUUCAGAGCCAGCAGAAAUCAUAGUUGAUGUUCCAGGAAUAGAGGAGAAGGAGCUUGAAAUUUCUAAACCAUCUGAAGUGUCAGAGCCAGAAGAAUCAGAAGCAGAUGCAGAACCAGAACCAGAUGAUAGUGCAGUUGAGGUUUUCACAGAAGGAGGAGUAGAAGAAAAAGACAAUGUUUUGCAAUCAGAAGAGGACAUAGGUGAAUUUACAGAGGAGGUAGAAAAGGCUCAAGAAACAGAAGAAGGUGAAAUUGAGGUGACACUUACAGUUCCAGAGCCUGAGAAAGAUGCGGUGGAGGUUUCAGAACAGGUUCCAGAACUGAAGGAAGAGUCAGAACCUGCUGUAGAUGUAGAUGAGGAAGUUCUAGAGCCAGAGGAAGAGGAGGUUAAAGCUGCAGGAUCAGAGGAACCAGUACUGGAAGUUUCUCUAUCUGAGGCAGAGGCCACUGAGGAAGAUGUGGUGAAACAAGUGGUAGAAGAAGAGGCUGUUAAGAUUCCAGCACCAGUGGAUGAACUUGCUGAAAAAGAGACAGAAGUAGUGGAGGUUUUGAAAGUAGGAGAAGUUGUUGAAGCUCCAAGAGCAAGUGAUGAUGUAGUAGACUUAUUGGAACCAGAACCAGAGUCUGUACCAGAAGAGGAAAGCCAUAUAAUUGAAGUGAUAGAAACAGGAGCUGAGGAAGUUGAAGCUCAAGAAUCAGAAGAAGUGCAAGGAGGAGUUUCAGAACCAAAUGAAAACAUGGUAGAGGUUGUAAAGGUAGCACCAGAGUCAGAGAAAGAACCAGAAGUAGUGUCAGGUGUAACUGAAAUCCCAAAACUGGAGGUAGAGGUUGCUGAUGAUGCAAAACCAAUAGAAGAAGUUGUGGUCCCAGUAUUAGAUGAGGAACCAGUGGACGUUUCAGAACCGCACCUUCCCCCUGAAGCUGAUGAAGAGGUAGUGGAAAGUCCAGAGGAAGCAUCAGAAGAGGACAAAAGCACAGUUGAUAUUCUACCUCCAGUAGAACAGGUACCUGAGGUUUCGGAACCAUCAGAAGAGGAGGUAGCAGUUCCAGAAUCAGAAGGGGAAGGUGUUGAUGUCCCACAAUCACAUCCAGAAGAGGGGCUAAUUGAGAUUUUAGAAGCAGAGCCUGAGAGAGACAUUACUCAGCCACCAGCUGAAUCAAUAAAAAUCCUUCACCCCUUGGAUGACAUGGAAGACCUUCACUUUGGAGAGGAUGCUAUUCAUGUUGUUGAAGAUAACGAGUUUCUUCAUCCUGUCGAAUCCGACUAUCAUCACCCAUCGGAAGACAGUAAUCUCCCAAUCAUACCAAUAGUAGACACCGAGCCUUCCAGAGAAGAUGCAGGUGAACCUGAUCAGGAAUAUCCCAUCAUUGAUGAUUUUCACGUCGAGGAGGAUGUCGACAGCAUAGACGCUCAGGUGGAGAGUGACACCGCUGAUGUCAUGACGACAGAAGCAACCAAUAGUGAUGUAUACUUUGAAACGACCUCUCAUAUUGCAGAGGUGACAGCUCCAGACAAGCAAGACACAUCAGAGGGCACAAAAGUCACGGAAGAUUUGCUGGAGGAGACGCAGGAAAGUGAUUUAUACCCAAAAAGAGACAUCAGUGUGACGGCUACACCAGUCCCAGACUCCUUCCCUACACCUCCAGCAGCUCCUGUCGAUCUGCCUGAAGUGUCCUCACCUAACCCGACUGUAGACUCUGGACUCUUUGAGGUAGCAGAGCAAUCUGUAAUCCCCUCUUCUGCUGAGUCUUCAGAGGAUGAUAGCACUGAGCCGGAGGCUGAGUUGGAGCACAGCGAGGCAGCUGUCGUCAUUAUUGAUGAAGACUUGGAAGAUGCAAUGAAGAAAGGAGGCGAAAGUCACACCAGUCCACCAGCUGCCACUGAGGAAGUCAUUGACGAGGCCGUACAGGAUCUGGCUGUGGAGCUGGAUCAAACAGACAUGCCAGCCACAGAGGCAAACGAGCUUCCUGAUGAGGGGAGUGGUUUCCUAUCUGUGGGGGCAGAGCACAGCGCUGUCAGCGUCACAGCCCCACCUCCAGUAAGAUAUCUGACCACGCCUGCCAUGACCACGGCCAGCCACGGCCGGGAGCUGGUGGUGUUCUUCAGCCUGCGUGUCACCAACCUGGACUUUUCUGAGGACCUUUUCAACAAGACGUCACCCGAAUACAGAUCGCUGGAGAACACCUUCUUAGACGUGCUGCUGCCGUUCCUGCAGGCGAACCUAACGGGCUUCAAGAAACUGGAGAUCCUUAACUUCAGGAAGGGCAGCGUGGUCGUCAACAGCAAGAUGAAGUUCGCCAAGUCGGUGCCGUACAACAUCACUGAGGCCGUCCACUGUGUCCUGGAGGAGUUCUGCUCUGCUGCCUCCAAGAACCUACGCAUCCAGAUAGACACUCACUCUCUGGACGUUGAACCAGCCGACCAGGCGGAUCCCUGCAAGUUUCUGGCUUGCGAUGAGUUCUCUCGCUGCGUGGUGAACGGCUGGACGAAGGAGGCUCGGUGUCUGUGUGAGCCGGGCUUCCUGUCAGUGGACGGCCUGCCCUGUCAGAGUCUGUGUGUCCUACAGCCAGACUUCUGCCAAGGAGGGGAAUGUCACAUAGUUCCCGGACGUGGAGCUGUGUGCAGACACAAAAAUGGCUAUAGCCUCCCAGGCCUGGCCAGUUAAGAAAAUAUAUUGGAUCGGACGGCACCUGAGAAUACUACAAAAGACUCCAUGAAACAGGACUCAGCAGCAGGAACUCGGGACUCCUUUAUUCAUUGGCUUAAAAAUCAGAGUUGAAGUGGAGCUGAGGAGGUUUCAGGACAAACUGUUGGCUUCCAAACUUCCUCAGAGCUUCAUAUCAGAGGAUCAUCUCCCUUCUGGGGAAACAGGCGUUUAGGCCACUUUAAAACUGUUGGACAGCCACCGUCUGCAGCUGACAAUGAAGAGGAGCUCAGUGGACGACUCCACCACAUUGAUCGGAUUGAUAUUGAUUGACUCUGGACUGUUUUUGUGCAUCUCUGCUGACUCUGUGUGUGUCUGUAGUGAACAGGUUGGUCAAGUCUGGUGUCAAAUGGUAAGAAAUCAUUGCAUCGCUCUCCCAGGUAUUGAAUCAAAAAGAGACCUCACAUUAGAUUUGGUUUUGUUGGUCACAGUUCCCCCAAAUUAUUUCAAAAUUUAUGAAUGAGCUUUUCUAGAUAAAUAAUAGAGACACUCUGCACACCUAAACCUUACAUAUACUGAAGCUGCAGUAGCGAUCAAUAUGGAAAUGAGGCAGAAGGAUUCUAAUCAUUUUGGUUUGUGACCCCUGAAAACCAAGUCAUAUCUGCUCAUGACCCCUCAGUACAGGCUACUCUCUCCACGUGGACAGGAUUUCUGGAACUUUAACCAACUUUAAAAGUUUAUUUCCCUCCCAUGGUUUGAUUUGAAGGACAUUUGGAGGUGAAAUCAUCCACUAUAUAUUCUUACUCACAUCCCUUAUUAGACUUAUUAUCCCCUUAAUCAGUCUUUAGGUUUUUUCAUCUUGUUCCAAUCCCCUGGUUUGGAAUGGUAAUGUAAGAGCGCAGGAUGAGGAGCAUUACCACCCUGCUAAAAAACCACAACUUUAACGCUGUGUGCUAGCAUGCUAACAUAUCGCAUCUGAGGCUGUAUGGAGUAAGUUUUGCAGUAUUGAAAUUUAGAUCAAAUAUGGGAAGAGUCAAAGGAUUACCAAAGUUAUUACUUUUUGCCCUACAUGAAACAGGAAUGUCUGAACCAAAGUUUGUGACAGACAGUCCUGUAGCUGAUGAGAUAUUUCCCUCAAAACCAAAUAUAUCAAUCUCAUGUAGAUGCUGGAGGAAAUGUCAGGAGAUCAUUAAGGUCUCUGGGAUCCAUCCUCAGGGGACCAUGAAUGUCUGCAGAGAAUUUAAUGGAAAUUUAUCCAAUAGUUGUUGAUAAAAAUGGCGAGUGGGUAUGGCAUCUGUAGAGCUGUGCUGCUGGUAUGGCUGAAGCCCAUAGUCUGUCCUGGAAGUUAGAAAAUGCACAACAUAAACUCAUUACAUUUAGUUUAACAGCAGCCACAAAUCAUUAACAUUUACAGUUAGAUUCAGUAGUUUAGUGUGUUCUGCAACUCGAUGAUUACAUACAAUUUUUUUUUUACUUCGCUGUUAAUAGGAUUGCACCAUAUGUCUAAGGAUACUGAGCAAAAUCUAUCCUCUGGUGAAGAACAUUAUACAUGACUUAAAGAUAUGGGAGCACCUUGGGUAUGAAACAUAGUUCUUUUUAUUUUGAAUUGUAUAAGGGCCACUGAAAUUUCUGGAAUCCAACUGGUUGGACUGUGUGGAUUAACUUUUAAAAAAGUUCAACAGGACACCUAUAUUGUUCUAUGUUCAUGUGCCAGUAAUAAACUGGUUUCUCUUUCCUGGCUUCGGAACUUCUGUGGAUUAUUAAACCCGUUCAUGCUGACCUCGACCUAUAUUAUGGUUUUGAAAACAGGAAAGCCAGACCAAACAUAGCUGUGUGAACAUUAACAACUCAUAUUUUUAGUAGGAUUACAGAUGGCAUAACAUUUGGAAGUUGAUUCUGCAGAGGAAACCACCUGACUUGACCCCCUACCAUCCAUUACAGUCACAGACGUUACAUCUUGUUGGGUAGUAUCCUGUACCAAAAUGUGUAGCUCAGGUUUAAUUUAGCUCACAUGUACCUUCACUUGGAUUAGUUGUCUGUUCAUGAGUUCAUAGAUUCAAAAUAUCAUCAUUGUAUUCUCUUGUACACUCCAUGUAAAUAAUCUGUCGCUGUUCUUGUACUUUGAGUCAACACAUCUACUGAUGUUUUUUUUUGCUGCUUCUGGGACAAACCCAAUGACUGUAAUGUGGACUUUUCUUAUGUAAAGUGUUAAACGAUUAUUUUAUGUGUUGAGUUUCGCAAACAAUAGCUGGAAAUA